UCUGCAGCAGCAGGAGGGAGAGUAGCCGAUCAGCUGAGCGGCGGUAUUGCGGGGUCCGGAGCCCAGCUGUGCUGGGAGGCAGAGCCGCUGGGGCCUGGUGCCUUCACUUGAUGAAAUUGUUGUCUGAUUGACCUUCUCACACCUUUGAUCUUAGUGGACAGUCUAUUCAGCCAUGUCGUACAGUACAGGCAUUGUGGGGGAUCCUACCCAGCUAGCUCAACAUAUAACUUCUAAUAUCCAGAAGAUCACCCAAUGCACUGCAGAAAUACAAAGAAUACUGCAUCAACUUGGAACACUACAAGACACGCCUGAAUUGAGGCAACAGCUGCAGCAGAAGCAGCAGCAUACAAACCAGCUUGCCAAAGAAACUGACAAGAACAUUAAAGAGUUUGGGUCUCUGCCUGCAACAAGUGAACAGCGUCAAAGAAAAAUACAGAAAGAUCGUCUUGUGGCGGAGUUCAGCACUGCACUGGCCAACUUCCAGAGGAUCCAAAGGCAAGCUGCUGAGAAAGAAAAAGAUCUUGUAGCCAGAGUAAGAGCCAGCUCUAGGGUAUCUGCUGGUCCUUCAGAAGACGGUUACAAAGAAGGAACACUUGUCUCUUGGGACAGUCAACCUCAAGCACAAGUGCAAGAUGAAGACAUUACAGAAGAUGAUCUCCGUCUUAUUGAGGAGAGAGAGUCCUCCAUCAGGCAGCUUGAGGCAGAUAUUAUGGACAUCAAUGAAAUAUUUAAAGAUUUAGGAAUGAUGAUUCAUGAACAAGGUGAUGUGAUAGACAGCAUAGAAGCCAAUGUAGAAAAUGCUGACGUACAUGUCCAGCAAGGAAACCAGCAGCUAUCAAGAGCAGCAGACUACCAGCGCAAGUCCCGAAAGAAAAUGUGCAUCAUCAUUCUUGUACUUGUCAUUGGAGCAGUGGUUCUUGGACUCAUCAUAUGGGCAUCUGUGAAAUAAGACUGUUGAAAGAGCAUUAUUUAAAUUAUGCAAGAAAACUCCUACACUCGUUUUUGUCUGCUUCUGAAGCUGUUCAGUAAAUGAUGGUUCUAUACUUUAUCACUGUUGCUUUUUUUAAAACCUGAGAAAUGACGGUUGGUACCACUAGUUGGUAUAACUUCCUUCCAUUCUUGGAUUUGAGAUUGGCUGUACUGGCAAGACAACAAUCAGUCAGUUUUAUAAACUUACUUUUUUGUUGGUAAACUUACUUAACAAACCCCUCUAAAUAUUUCGGGCUAAU